UCAGCCCAAACUCAUAUGAAGCUUGCUAGGAUGCUUUAGAGCCACCAGGACCAUUUGAAAGCUGUUACUGCAACACGAUGGCAAGAUAGCAAGAUCCUUCUUGUUGUCAACGGACAGCACCGGGCGUGUCUGCAGCGUGGGCCGUGGGAGGUAGGACGUACCGUAAGUGGACCCGAUUCAACCCACCACUCCCAUUUACCGGCGGCAACCGCAGCGGGUGCGCGGAGGCGCGCUUCCUUCAGUCCGUCAUUUAUUUUAUACGCAAGAGGAGGAGACCCUGACAUUUGCGUCGCGGGAAGAACAUUUCAACCUACGGAGAGGAGUGAUACACUAGCGGACGCUUGGGAUGUUACUUGGUAUGAUGUUUGGAUAUACUGGAGUAGAGGCGAGGACUUGCACGGAUUAGAUGAAGCGCUUUCGUUGAUUUGGGCAGGAAAAGUAUGCUUCACAAAUACGUUCCUGCAAUUUUGUUUUUAGUCUAAAUGCAAUUGCAGUGAUUGAAUGUGUAUGUGAUGUGGAUACUGAAGGACAUCGUGCGUAACAAAUGAGACUGAGAUCAAUGCAUCAGAGCUCCAAAAAGACAGAUCUGCUUUGGUAAUACAGAGCCCAGUGUCCGCGCGUGGAUAUGUUAGUGUCUGUGGAUGCGAUGCCCUGCUUUAGCUGUCAACUCAUCUGAGAGUUCGCGCGCGCUCUCUGAGCGCUUUCGGAUUCACGGACUCUGAUCGGACCUGCCUGGCGAGCAAAGUUAAACACGACUGUGGUUUGAAUCCGAGACCGAGAGACAUCAAAAAUAAGACAGAUUGGUGUAUCAUAGUGAAUGAGUCAAUGACUGCUGUGGAGCGCCUGUAUCUGGCCCAAUAGUGUGGAGUCAUCACGCCCUGGGCUCUGAAGAGAGAAUGGACAGACGGCGGGACUUCAGGAUGGGGAGUAGACCUUUAUUUGGAUGGAGUGCCCCCAUGGAGAGGCUGCUUCUAUGCCUAGCUCUGUUCUCCUUAUCGUCCUAUGCUAUGCAGUGCCCCAAGCGGUGUACCUGCCAGAACCUGCUGCCCUCCUUUACUGUCCUGUGUGCCAAAACCGGCCUGCUCUUCGUACCGCCUAAUAUCGACCGGCAAACCGCAGAGCUGCGACUGAUGGAUAACUUCAUAACCACCCUGCGCCACAAAGACUUCGCUAACAUGAGCAGUCUCAUACACCUCACGCUUUCCCGUAACACCAUCAGCCAGAUCAGACCCUACGCCUUCGCCGACUUGCAGGAUCUGCACGCAUUGCAUCUGGACGGUAACCGACUGACGGUUCUGGAUGACACUCACCUGCAAGGUCUGGUUAAUCUGCGCCACCUUAUUCUUGCCAACAACCAGCUUCACAGCAUCUCGGUUGGAGCCUUUCAGGAUUUCUUAGAGACUCUUGAAGACCUAGAUCUGUCUUAUAACAAUCUGGCGGAUUUACCGUGGGACACUAUAGCUAUGCUCGCCAGCGUCAACACCCUGAGCUUGGACCACAAUCUUAUUGAGUAUGUGCCUGAAGGGAUAUUUUCUAAUCUACACAAACUGGCCAGGCUGGAUAUGACAUCCAACAAGCUCAAGAAAAUCCCUCCAGACCCUCUCUUCCUACGCAUCCCUGUUUACGCUAAAAUGAAAGGCUCUCCGUUGACAUCUCUGGUGCUCAGCUUCGGCGGUAACCCGCUACACUGCAACUGCGAGCUUGUUUGGUUACGCCGUCUCACUCGGGAGGACGAUUUGGAGACUUGCGCGUCCCCACGAGAGCUCGCCGGAAAGUACUUCUGGACCAUUCGAGAGGAGGAGUUUGUGUGCGAGCCCCCCAUGAUCACCCGUCACACCUCUAAGAUGUUCGUCAUGGAAGGUCAAGAGGUCAGCCUGCGCUGUCGAUCCGUCGGGGACCCCGAACCGACCGUCCACUGGGUCAGUCCUGACGGGAAGCUGAUGGGAAACACCACACGCACUAUGUGCUACGAAAAUGGUUCUCUUGAUAUCUUAACAGCCACAGUGAAAGAUUCAGGUGUGUUUACCUGUAUAGCCUCUAAUGCGGCAGGCGAGGCCACUGCACCGGUGGAACUGGUGGUAAAUCCCUCGCCGCAUUACGAUCCCAAACUGGAUCCCGAACCGGGACCAUCGGAUAUGCCUACUUCCAUAAAGUCCAACAGCAGCGGUAGCGGGGGACAUGCACGCGCGGAUCAGCGUGUCAGCGUUUCGGAAAUAACCUCAAAUUCAGUGAUAAUCCGCUGGCCUCCGCAAAGCCACAUCCCUGGAGUGCGCAUGUACCAGAUCCAAUAUAACAGCUCCACAGAUGACAUCCUCAUAUACAGAAUGAUUCCUGCCUCCCACAAGCUGUUUUUACUGAGUGAUCUGGCCUCUUCGCGGGACUAUGAGCUAUGCGUCUUGGCCGUCUACGAUGAUGGCAUCACAGCUCUCACUGCUACGCGAAUGGUCGGCUGCGUGUCAUUCUCGACGGAGCGAGAGUUUCGGCACUGUCGCUCAAUCCACGACCAGUUCCUGGGUGGCACCAUGAUAAUCGUCAUCGGUGGAAUCAUAGUGGCAUCAGUCCUUGUUUUCAUUUUCAUCCUGUUGAUGAAAUACAAACUUCACAGCCAGCACUACAAGCAGAAGGCCGCCCGUGUCAGUAACGUUUGUUCUCAAACCAACGGCGGCCAGCAGGGGGCAGCAUCAGGCCCUCCACCCAGGUCAUCUUCAUCAUCUGGUUCUUCCAGCAAGCCCUCUGCCCCUCUUGGGUUGGAGAGGCAAGAAGGGUCCCGCGGCUUAGAGGCGGGUUACGGGGCAUUGAGAGGUACGACGGUGGUGGACUUGAACCCGGAAUACGGAAAAUCAGUAAAAGAUGAAGAUUCCAUAUCGCAAUAACACAGGGUCAAAUCCCGCCUCCCCUCCCAUCUUCACAUCUCAACCCAUUCUGUUUUAUUUUCUGUUGCUGGGGUCCUGCUGAAUUACUGAGGAUUAUCUCCUGUCCAAGGGCAAACUUCUCGGUCUGGAAACUACAUGCAGAAUGCCAGAUUAAAUGGGUUGAGGCCAAUCUGUUAGUUGGACAAGCUGUGGGUGGACGGCAAAUACAACAGCAACUCUGUGUUCAGUUCUUUAUGCAAGACUCUCCCCCCAUACCACGGAUAUUAUGUGCUUCUUUGGAGCAUAUGAGCAAUUUUUUUUAGAAUCAUCAGAAUCCCUUUUAUGGAAGUUGAAAUCUAAACACAUCCCCUUGAAAGGAAGUUGCGGUUAAUCUUUAUUGAAACGUGGAAAGUGUUAUAUUUAAAAUAUCAGUGUUUGAUAGAUGAAGAAGCUCAGAUCCCAGCGAUGGUCCAGUGCCAAAGGAUUGACAUGUUUGGAUUGAAUGUUCUCUGAAGGUUCAUGUGGAUUCAGACUUAUCAAAGUUCAAUGAAAUAUUGACAAGUCGGUAUUGAGUUAACAUUUGUGGACCUUCUGGAGCACUUUAUUAUGGAUUCGACUGUAUUGUGUAAGCUAAUGACUCUGGCUCCCUCUCUUGCUCGCUCACUUUAUUUGGAAACUGAACACAUGGAUCGAUUUUGGGCUGAUUCACAAACAUGAGGAGUGUGUUCUUGGAAUCUGGAGAUUAGGUGGAACAGGGGAGGCACCACCAGAACAUUGAUCGUCACAGUGCACUAAAACUUUCAGACUCUGAUGUGUCAAUGAGGAUUUACGGUAAGGCGGUGAACUCUGCGUCUGACAGCAGACUGUGAAAGGCCAUGAAAAAUAUUCUGCAGGCCUCUUUCACAUCCGGCCUGCUGAAAUAUAUACUGUUCUUAUUUUCCUCCGAUUGACUGUAUCUGUAUUUGUAUGUGAAGUACACCUUCAACCAUCUCUGAUUUCAAUUGUUUGAUUUCGAAGAGAAAAUAAUAAAAAUAUGGGAUGGAAUUUUAUGCUUUCAUAGGUACUCU